AUGGAAUUGAAACCUUCGAAAAAGCAGGUCAAGGGCAAUGAACCUGUCAACAACUCGGAAGAUGACAGCUUCAUCAAAAAAGAAAGAAAAAAUUCAAAGCCUACUUUGCACGACUUUCUCGUCAAGAAAUGUCAGUCUACACAUAAAAGAGCGCAUUUUCAUUCAGUGAAGCGAAACAGUCUCGAGAAGAUUGGAGAAAGAUACACUUGUGUUACACGUUGGGAGGAUAUGGACAUGGAUUUCUUGAGAAACUGCGUUUUUAUCGAUGAAGCUGGUUUCCAUAUCAACAUGAAACGCAAUUACACCUGGCCUCAAAAAGGAGCACGAGCUGUUAGUACAUUCAUUGGUUUCGUGAUGGUUCUUGAAAGCAUACACGUCUCUGAAUACAGAGAUGGAUGA